GGCAAAGCUGCUGGAGCACAGGAUCAUGUAGAUCUGGAGCAUCUUCUGCAGGAGAACCUUCCUCCUCCACCUCCUUCCUCAUCCAGUCGCCCCCGGUUCCAGGACCGCCUCCCAGCAGCUGAAACUGAAGAGGAGCCAGGAGGCUUCAUCCUGGACCUGAGGAACUUCCCUGAUCUGGCCAACGCAGACGUGGGCUCUCAAAACCCCAACAUCCAGGUGACCAUUGAGGUGGUGGAGGACUCCCAGACAGAGACAGAGGUGGAGAUAGACCUGGCAAAGGAGAACCAGAGGAAUGAUUGGUCUUUUUCGUCCUCCGAGUGGAUCAACAGUCACAGGAAACUGUUCUGGCCUCUGUUUUGGGAGUACCCGGAACAGCUGGAGAACAGGCUGAGAGCAACCGCCUCUGAAGGACAGUCUGCGGACUACAACUAUGAUCCAGCGGACCCCGACCUCAGGGGAGUGAGCUCAGACUGGGGGAGGGGCUGGGAGGCAAAGGAUGCAUACGAGUAUGAGGAGUGGAGCAUCUGGGCUCCGUGCAGCGUGACCUGUGGUUCUGGUUCCCAGAGACGGACCCGGUCCUGCGGCUACGCCUGCACGGCGACUGAAUCCCGCACAUGUGACCUGCACAGCUGCCCCAGUGUGGACAGCUGUGAAAAGUGGCUGAGCUGCAGGACUGCGUUCCUCCAGAAGUACCUCCGCCAGGUCCUGACGGAGCUGCCCAGCUGCCCCUGCUCCUACCCCUCUGAGGUCAUCUACAGCGCCAUCAACGUCCAGGACUCCAGGCUGCAGAGAGCCUACCGCUGGAGGGACGCCAGCGGACCUACAGAGCGGCUGGACAUCUACAAACCAUCGGCCCGGUUCUGCAUUCGCUCCAUGCUGUCAUACCACAGCACCACGCUGGGGGCGCAGCACUGCUGCUACGACGGCCAGAGGAGGCUGAUCACCCGCGGCAAAGGAGCCGGGGCGCCAAACCUGAUCAGCACUGAGUUCUCUCCAGAGCUGCACUACAAGGUGGACAUCCUGCCCUGGAUCCUCUGCAAAGGAGACUGGAGCAGGGUC